AACCCUAGCAAGACAGUGACUACUUACUUACUGGAUUGCAAUGAUUAGAAUGUAAGUCAGUAGGUACUUAAUAUUAAUUAUUAUAAGUAAUAUUAAUUAAAAACUUGUCAAAUUCCUGUAAAUUCUAGAAUAUAAUAUAAAGUUAAGUCAAAUUCUUUGAUUCAGUUUAUGAACACGUUUGAUUCAAACUUCGAACAAUGUCUUGCCCGCUAAAAAAGCUAUACGGGCUGGGCAAAGCUCAAUUGUUAUCGAGUAUGUCCCAAUGAUCACACCUAGUUAGAUUGAGUAAAAAAAUCUGCCCCAUCCAUUCUCCGCCCAAAUAUGCAAGCUCCGCCUCCCUGAAACAGUACAAACGCCCGGCUCGCGCGCAUCGUUCACGGCUUUCAGGACUUAUCAGUUGUGUUGGGCUCCAGACAGGCGCUUCUAUGACCAUUGCAGUUUUUCAUUAUUGUGAAAAAUUUAAUGCCUUGAAUUAUUUGUGAAAAUGGAAUAUUUGAAAACGAAUUUUUUGACACAAAUCGACGACAGUGGGUACCAAAUGGAUUAUUUUGAACCCCCAAUUUGUCCUUACGAUGGACCAACAAAUCAUCAAGAUAUAUUCAACCAAGGAUAUUUCCCUGUGCUGUGUGACUAUAGAGUCAUGGAUAGGCAUGGUUUUGAGAUCCCUGGACUUCCUCCGAACCAAAGCGAGUGGGCGGAAUGGAGUGGUUCCAACCAACUUUUGGUGAAGGAAGAAAACGAUCGAGAAACAAUAGCGACCACAUCUAGUAUCAGCGAAGAAGAAAUUCGUUCGCCGACGGGCGGGCGCAAGGAGCGCACGGCGUUCACAAAGACCCAGAUUCGAAGUCUAGAAGAAGAGUUCGCACGAGCCAACUACCUCACCAGACUUCGGAGAUACGAAAUUGCUGUGGCUUUGCAUUUGACUGAGCGACAGGUGAAAGUCUGGUUUCAAAACAGAAGAAUGAAAUGGAAACGAACGAAAAGUACCUCAAAGCGCUCUAAGAAGAGGGAAUAAACCAUUUGACCGCGGCUAUAUUAUAUGAAGAUAGCUAAAAGAUGCAAGAACUAUACGUUGUUAUAAUGUUAAUUGUAUGGUUAAUUUCUUAUUAAAAAUGAAGUAUUAUGGAAAAAAAAACGCAAAAAUCAGGAGAUAAGGAUAUGUUUAUUAGACAAAUACAUACCUCCGGCACGUAACAUAACAUGUGCGUGCCGAACAUAAAACUAAAAAAUAAUAUUGUAAACUAACACACUAUCUUUGGAAGAAACUAAA